UGGACACUUAUGAUGAGUUGACACUUGCAGGGUGAGGAAGGAAUUAAUGAAUUUUUAAAUGUACCGCCCUUGUCCGGAAAUCUGUCACUCAUUCAACCCACGGUUGUGUUUUAUCAUCAGUCUACACAAAACAUGUUUUUAGAGCUUUUUGCAAAUUGUUAAACUGAAAUAUGACAUUUACAUAACUAUUCAAACCCUUUACCCAGUACUUUGUUGAAGCACCUUUAGCAGCGAUUACAGCCUCCAGUCUUCUUGGGUAUGACACUAGAAGCUUGGUACACCUGUAUUUUGGGGAGUUUCUCCCAUUCCUCUCAAGCUCUGUCAGGUUGGAUGGGGAGUGUUGCUGCACAGCUAUUUAAGUCUCUCCAGAGAUGUUAUAUUGGGUUCAAGUACAGGCUCUGGCUGGGCCACUCAAGAACAUUCAGAGACUUGUCCUGAAGCCACUCCUGCAUUGUCUUGGCUGUGUGCUUAGGGUUGUUGUCCUGUUGGAAGUGGAACCCAGUUUGAGGUCCUGAGCACUCUGGGGCAGGUUUUCAUCAAGGAUUUCUCUGUACUUUGCUCUGUUCAUCUUUGCCUCGAUCAUGACUAGUCUCCCAGUCCAUGCCUCUGAAAAACAUCCCUACAGCAUGAUGCUGCCACCACCAUGCUUCACAGUAGGGAUGGUUCCAGGUUUCCUCCAGAUGUGACACUUGACAUUCAGUUCAAAGAGUUCAAUUUUGGUUUCAUCAGACCGAGAAUUUUGUUUCUCAUGGUCUGAGAGUCCUUUAGUUGCCUUUUGGAAAACUCCAAGCGGGCUGUUGUGCCUUUUCAUGCGGAGUGGCUUCCGUCUGGCCACUCUACCAUAAAGGCCUGAUUGGUGGAGUGCUGCAGAGAUGGAUGUCCUUCUGGAAGGUUCUCCCAUCUCCACAGAGGAACUCUAGAGCUGUCAGAGUGACCAUCGGGUUCGUGGUCACCUCUCUGACCAAGGCCCUUCUCCCCUGAUUGCUCAGUUUGGCAGGGUGUUCAGCUCUAGGAAGGGUCUUGGUGGUUCCAAACUUCUUCCAUUUAAGAAGGAUGGAGGCCACUGUGUUCUUGGGGACCUUCAAUGCUGCAGACAUUUUUUGGUACCCUUCAAUUGAUCUGUGCCUCAAAACAAUCCUGUCUCGGAGCUCUAAGGACAAUUCCUUCGACCUCAUUGCUUGGUUUUUGCUCUGACAUGCACUGUCAACUGUGGGACCUUUAUAUAGACAGGCGUGUGCCUUUCCAAAUCAUGUUCAAUCAAUUGAAUUUACCACAGGUGGAAUCCAAUCAAGUUGUAGAAACAUCUCAAGGAUGAUCGAUGGAAACAGGAUACACCUGAGCUCAUGUUCAAGUCUCAUAGCGUAGUGUUUGUGCCAUCGUGCAUUAGUAGCACAAUUUAACUUAUUUACAUUUUUCUUACACUUUUAUGUUGACUCCAUAAUGAUUAAAAGUUUUGGCAGACUUUUCUUAGCGGAUGUAUAAUCAUCGGCAAUUGAAUUAUGGGCCGUUUUAGGCCCCGGAGUGAACAGAAUUGUACACUCGCACACUUGAUCACAAACGAGGGCUGAGGGGCUUACGUUGCUAACUUCCCUUGCUUGGCUAAUUGUUUGGACCUACGGCAAAGAUGGCCACGGGGAUUCCCCCAAGGGCAUAAGGCGAGGGUAAGUGUGUGUCUUUUACGUGUUUGAAACGCAGCCGCUGCUGCAUUUUCGGCAUGUCAGACAAAAUUAUGACGCUAGCUUGCUAUUUUCUUUUAUAGAUAGAUGACAUUGAUUUUAGCUUUGGAAAAUUGGCUUAGUCUUGUAGUGAGGGGCCUAUAAAACAUAGCUAGAUCCAUAAACAUUUUGGGGGGAAUUCUGAAAUGUAUUGGAAUAAAUGACCAAACUAUAAAACUAGCUUGGUAGCUACCUGACAGGAGUGCUAGCUAGUUAUGUUAGCUUUCUAGGUACAUUUAAUAGGUUUAAGCUCAACUUCAAGAUUUUCACCAAGGACGUUGCCUCUCCGAUUAUCACUCUCCCUCACUUGGGCAAGGGACAUUUUAAGGUAUACUCGGAUGUGACGAUGUAAAACGUCAUUCAAGGGCUGAGGGUUCAGGGCCUAGGGCUGUCCACUUUGAGUUUGGACUGCAGCCAUUAUUUUGUUUGGCCACCAUCAGAGGACUCUUCCAAUGCGUUCUUGAUGAAAAAACGUACCCAUACAUUCUAAGUUAUCAUCUGUGUUUUGCCCUCUGGGCUGGGAUGUUUUUUGCUGUUAAAAUAAAUGGUUGAAUGUCCAUUGGAGUCUUGUACACCCCACUCUCUUACCCGGAGCCAGAGUACUGGAGUACUGUGUAAUUGUCUUUUCAUAUUAAACCUUAUAGACUAGUUUAAAACCUUAUCUAGUCAUAAAGCCUUUCUGUGAUAGCCUUAUCGGAGAAGUGACCUAAAUGAUAAAUGUGUGUUUUUGCAUGCAUGUGUGUGUUGCAGAGAUGGGUUCUUGAACUCUGUCCAGAAGAGGUUGCAGUGCAGAAGACUGCGAGAGAAACUGGUGACCAUGACUACUAUGAAAAAGUAAGUGGAGUUUUGAUUAUUUGAUUAUACCUUUUUUUUUAUUCCCCAUUAGCUAACAUCAUGGUGUUUGCUAAAUCUUCCUGGGGUCUGAGUGAGAGAUUCUAUGUAAGAUGUUCUUUACUGGAAAGUCGGAAAGUCUGAUCAGAUCAACAAGUUAAUCCAUCCUGAUCCAACAAGUUCACCAUCUAUAUGUCAAUUUACAUUGUGUGUGUGUAACAAGACCUCACGGUUUGACACGGUUUGAAUUCAGUUUUCUACGUUUGUCUAAACGUCAUAAUUUGACGGUUAAGUUUAGGAAUUAAUUCCGAUUGGUUAAGUAACCGUUUUACUAGGAUGGGCUAAAUCAGUGUCACAUAGUGUUUCUUGGUAGUCUUAAACAAAUCUACUUUGAAACAAAGUAUACACCUCACACAUGGUAUAGAGUUGAAAUGUAUUCAAUUUUGAGUUUACAUCCCAAUAUUACACUUUAUAUACAUCACAGAAGACUGAAAUAUAGCAAAACCGUGUCACAUAGAAACACUUGAUUUGCGGCUUUAAAUGAAUAAAUGUAAUUUAACUAUGAAAUUAUGAAAACGUUGAGGGCGAUUUGGUCAUUUGACUGCAGGAAAUGGUUUUAAGGGUUAAGGUUUGGGAGAGGGUUAAAACAGAAACAACUUGAAGGUUAAGUUUAGGUAUUAAUUCUGAAUAGUUAAGGUAAGGGUUAAGGUUUGGGAUAGGGUAAAAAAAAUACAAAUUAAUGCCUACCACUGGGAUUAAACCCACGAUUCUCAGAGCCAAUGACGCAAGACUACUUGAUAGUAAGUGCUCACCGCUGCCUCUAGUGGCCGGUAUUGACGGCAUCUCCCGACGUGGUAGGGACCUGGACGAACGUUGAAUAUUGCAUUGGAAUUGGAGUGAGCUGGCAUGUUUGUUUGUGUGUGUGUGUGUGUCAGAGUGGACAUUGCCCUGUUCUCUCAGGAGGUGAGAGGGCUAAUGAACUGUCCCUGGAGACUCAACCUCACACACAGAGAACUACACAGGACAGAGUUGUGGUCAUGUUGUAACGCUUCUGAUAGCCUGAUGGUGACCAGACAGAACACCAAUCAGAACCAGAGUCUGACUUACGAUGCAGAGAAGUGGAGGAAGAGAAAGGUGGACCAAGCACUAUGGGACAUGCUGCCUCAGACCGUACCCUGGAGUAAAGGUUCGUUGAGUCGUUGUGCCGUGGUGGGAAGUGGAGGAAUCCUGCAGAACAGCAGCUGUGGAGCGGAAAUAGACAAUGCUGACUAUGUCAUCAGAUUUAACCUGGCUCCUAUCAACAAGAGUUAUGACGUGGGAGUGAAGACGGACCUCAUAACAGCCAACCCUUCCCAGAUCAAUAAAAGAUACUCUGACCUCCAGCGGAACCCUGGACCCCUGGUGGAAGUCAUGUCAGUCUAUGGCCACGCCCAUCUGCUUCUCCACGCCUUCUCUUUUGGUUUUGGGACCUCUCCCUGCUUCAAGGUGUACCACGCCCUCCGUAAGGCCCGCACCCAACAGAAAGUGGUGUUCUUUCACCCAGACUACCUGCUUAAACUGGACAAGUUCUGGCGUCGCCGCGGGCAACGAGCCCCACGGCUCUCUACUGGUAUGAUGCUGGCCAGCACUGCUCUGGAGAUCUGUGAACAGGUUCAUCUGUAUGGCUUCUGGCCCUUCCCUCUGGAUCUAUCCAAAAAUACUUUGCCACAUCAUUACUAUGACAACGUUGGUCCAAGUCACUUCAUGCACGCCAUGCCUGAAGAGUUCCUGCUGUUACUACAACUCCACAGCCAGGGGGCGCUACAGCUACAUGUUGGACCCUGUACACCCUAACAAGCAGAUGGUCAGGGGGCCAGAACAUAAUUCAUAAUUAUAAUAAUUUGCACAGAGCAAAUUGACCACAACUAAGCCCAAAAAUAGGUUGUGGUGAGGUCAUGGCAAAUUUUGUAGAAUUGCAUGAAAUGUGUUUUAAAAUUCAAAUUUUUUAUCUCCGCCCCAUGACAAAAUGUGUAGAACUACAAAAAACUUGCUUUAAAACUGCAAUAUUUUCUCUCCGCCCCAUUGCAAAAUGUGUAGAACUGCAGAAAACAUGCAACCAAAUCUUGCUUAGGGCUGGUCCUGCCUGUACACCCUAAUCCCUGUUAAUACAACUCCACAGCCAGGGGGCGCUACAGCUACAUGUUGGACUCUGUCUUUAACAUACAUCCUAAAGAGUUAUUUAUACAUUGUUAUUAGUAUGCUGUGGUUUUAAAUUUUAUGGAAAACAUUCAAAUGCUAUACUUCUUUUUGGAUUUCCUUCCUGUAUGGUUUUAAUUAAUUUAUCAAAUUAUUUAUACAUUCCCUCGUGUGUGUCACUACAGACCCUGGUUCGAUUUCAGGCUAUAUUGUGAUUGGGAGUCCCAUAGGCCUGCGCACAAUUUUCCCAGCAUCGUUAGGGUUUGGCCGGGG